AUGGCAGCAUCUCAUCUUUUGGACGAACAAGAAGAUGACACACCCAACGGUGGCUACCAUAUGAUGGUGACGAUAGAGGAUGGGUCACGCCCCCAGACCACGCCCACUGGCCGGCCACACCCCUCUCCGGUCACUUCCAGUGGCGAUCAGGUUGACGACAGCAAGUCGACACGUUUGGCGAGAGGUUUCAGUAAAGCCUUGCGUAAAAACCAGGAUUACAUCCGCAUCCCGGUCUCAAGGUCCAUCGACUCCCUGCUGCCGGCGGAAUGGUGGAAGACGGGAAUCGCCUUCAUCUGGGCCGCAUUUAACCUCGUCCUCACUACGGUCAUGAUCACCGUCGUCCACGAGAGAGUCCCGGACAAGUCCAUCAGCCCGCCAUUACCGGACAAAUUCUUCGAUUAUGUGCCGCGUUUUGAGUGGGCUUUUUCCGUCACCGAGGUGAACGGGAUGAUCCUGGUGGCUCUGUGGUUCAUCCAGUGGCUCUUCCUCAAGCACAGAGCCAUCGUGGGCCGAAGGUUUUUCUUCCUGCAGGGAAUGUUGUAUUUGUACCGUAUGGUGACCAUGUACAUCACAACUCUUCCUGUUCCCAGCAUGCACAUGCACUGCGCCCCGAAGCUCUACGGUGAUUCUCAGGGCAAGAUCAAGCGUGUUUUGCAGCUGGUGUCUGGAGGAGGUUUGUCCAUCACUGGCUCUCAUCUCAUGUGCGGUGACUUCCUGUACAGCGGCCACACGGUCAUGCUGACCCUCACCUUCCUCUUCAUCCAGGAAUACUCGCCCCGCUCGCUGCUGUGGCGUUGCUAUCACGUGAUCUGCUGGUUCCUAAGCGCAAUGGGUGUGAUCUUUAUCCUGAUAGCGCAUGAGCAUUACAGCCUGGACGUAGUGGUGGCGUAUUUCAUCACCUCACGCCUCUUCUACUGGUACCACACCAUGGCCAACAACCGGACCUUGAGAGGAUCUCCUCACAACUAUCUGAGCCGGAUUUGGUGGAACCGUGUGUUUAACUUCCUGGAGAAGAACGUUAAGACGACGGUUCCCUGCUCGUUCUCGUGGCCGCUGUUGCCUCCAUCUGCCGUCUUCAAGAACCCGUGCAAGAGCUACUCAAUAGUGCAGAGCGCACAAGAUUAAUGACACCACAAACACUACGCCUGCAAAUCAAGAUCCUGUUUACUUGAGCACAGCUUUUUACAUGCUUUGAAGAAUAUGUUUUUGUGCGGUUCCUGAUGAACGUAGACACAUGCUGCCAUGUUCCUUAUAGUAUUGUUUUCACACUGUACUUAAGACAUAAUUCAAAUGUUUAUUCGUAUUUCUCAGUGAAGGAUUUUGAAAUGUGUAUUGUUCACAAUUGUAUAGUUUGUAUUUUAAUUUAUUUGUUCUGUACCUUGUGAAAGAAAUGUAUUUGUUUAAUGAAUGUCAGAAAAUAAAUACUAUUUUGUUCAAUUUUAUACAAAU